GUAUCAUCAGCUACUUUCUAGGUACAUGAUUGCAAUGUACCAGUUCGUAGCUAAAAAUGUUGUUCUUGCUUGGAAAUGUAAAAAUAGAAUACAGCACAAGCGGCGGCCAUAGCAGCUUUGUCAGUGAUCUUGGCAAGACAGGUUGAUACUUCAAGCAACUGAAUCGGGAGCAGAAGUUUGGUUGUCGUUGCAGCUGCUGGUCGCCUUGGCGUGGUGCUCUGGCGUUGUGCUAAAUCAGCGCGGCCAAACAUUAAUCAGUAGAGAUUCGAGCUUCCUGUUCAAGGCGUAAGCAUGGCGAAGGCCGUGCGGCGCUUUCCGGAGUGCAAGAUGCCGAAUCCCUUCACGAACCCGAUAACGUUCACGCCGUGGAUGCGCAUCAAGCUAGCGCUGGGCUUUGUGCUGCUACUGCCGCUGCGCCUCGUCGUGUGUGUGCUGUUCGUACCGAUCGUAUGGCUGCUGUGCAGUCUAGCGGGCAUGGGCUGGAAGCCGGGCCAACACCAGAAGCCCUGGCAGCAGAUACUGACCGGAAAGGUGGCACCCAUCGUGGGCCGCGCGUGGCUCUUUCUAGGAUUCGGCUACUAUUGGGUGCCAGUGCGCGGACGGCGUGCAAGCGCCGCCGAAGCACCGAUCAACAUCUUCUGCCCGCACUCGCACAUCCUGGAGACGCUGUUCGCAAUGGCGUUCUUCCCGAUAACGCCGCUCAGUCGUAUAGAGAACAAGAACAUUGUGAUCAUCGGCACCAUUCUAAGUGCCGGCGAGCCGAUCUUCGUGGACCGAGGUGCCGGCGCAGGCGGUACAGUACAGAGCGUCAAGGAGCGGAUCCGUUCCCCCGGCAACUGGCUGCCGGUCAUGUUGUCGCCGGAGGGCACGCUGUCAAACGCGCGCCAGGUGAUCGGGUUCAAGACGGGGGCGUUUGCGCCGGCCGCGCCCAUCCAGGGCGUGCUGCUGCGCUACCGGCUGCCCGAGGUGGGCGUGUGGACGAGCUUUAGCCGCGGGCCAGCCACCUCGUUCCUGCUUACUCUGUGCCAAUGGCGUAACCACCUGGAGAUCGAGUUCAUGCCUGUGUACACGCCAUCGGCGGAGGAGCAAGCCGACCCGCUGCUCUACUCACGCAACUUCAAACGACUGGUGGCGUCGACGCUGGACCUCCCGGCCACCGAGCACACGCUGGAGGACCUCAGGCUGAUCUACCAGGCUACGGACGCCGGACUGCCAGUCGACGCGGCCCUCAUCGAGUACAAUCUCAUCAGCCGCGCGUUCGGUGUCCGCCUGCCCGAGCUGAAGGCGAUCCUGGAGCGCUACGUCCGCAUCAACACCAGCAAGAGCGGCGCAGUGAGCCUACAGGAGUUUGCUGAUCAUCUGAGAUGGCCACUGGCUGAGCAGGUCGAGCGACUGUUCACGGCGUAUGACACCGUUUCGGACUGCGGACGCCUUCGCUACCGCGAGUAUGUAGUCGGCACCCUGGACUUGGCAUUAAAAGUGCCGGAUCAGGACAAUCUCAUUGCACUUGCAUUCGAUGCUCUCUCCAAUGGACAGGAGCAGCUAACGGUCGACAGCGUGCUGGCAUGCUUCCGAGAGCGUGGAUUUGAGGAUGUUUCCGGGGAGGGAGACGUGUCGGCGUUCCUCUAUAAGAUGUCCCAGAGCGGCGAUCUGCACUCGGCUGGCUUCACGGCCUACGUGCAGGCCAACGCCGACCUGUUGGUGUACCUGUGUUGGCUCAUGCAUGGCGUGGAUAGCAUCUAGACUAGAUAUGAAACACCGGAAGUGAGCGAUGUGUGAGCAUGUCACUGUGCGAUGUGUGAGCAUGUCACUGAGCGAUGUGUGAGCAUGUCACUGUGCGAGCAUUACUUGAGCAACGCCUGUGAGCAUUACCUUAGCAGUGAGUCAGCGUAAACUGAGUUAUGUGUGUGCGUUACCUUAGUAAUGUAUGAGCAUGGAACUGAGCUAUGUGUCAGCAUGGCACUGAGCAAUAUGCGAGCAUUAACUUACUUGAGCAACAUGUGACUCCUGAGCGUGACAUGAUUUUAAUCAAUUUAUACGGUACAUGUUCAUUUGCUCUUCUGAAUUCUCUUCAUCAGAAUUGUAGGAACUAGGUCUCUGGACCUGGUACAUGGUGAGAAGGCAGCAAUGCCUGUUCACUUGGUGAAGUACAACUUACUAAACAACGAGAACAACAUGAGCAGCGUCUGCGAGUGUCACCAUA